CUCGUCCAGAGAAACUAAGCCGCAGAAAUCAAAGCCCCUGAGCCGCAGACGGAGCAACAUGAGCAUCAUGGCCUACAACGGGGCCGCCAUCAUCGCGAUGGCUGGCAAGGACUGCGUCGCGAUUGCCUGCGAUACGCGCAUGGGCGUGCAGGGCCAGACGAUCUCGACCGACUUCCAGAAGGUCUUCCGCCUCAACGACAAGACGUUCCUCGGUCUCUCUGGCUUGGCCACGGACGUGCAAAGCGUCUCGCAGCUCCUCCGCUUUAAGCUCAACAUGUACAAGAUGCAAGAGGAGCGCGAAAUCAAGGCCAAGACGCUCAGUGCCAUGAUCUCCAACAUGAUGUACGAAAAGCGGUUUGGCCCGUGGUUUGUCGAACCCAUCGUCGCCGGUUUGACGCCCGAGAACAAGCCCUUCCUUUCGAGCAUGGACUGCUUGGGCUGUGAGCUCUUCACGAAGGACUACGUCGUCGCAGGGACGAUGGAAGAAGCUUUGCACGGCAUGUGCGAAUCCCUAUAUCGCCCCGACUUGGAGCCCGAGGAUCUCUUUGAAACCAUCUCGCAGUGCCUCUUGUCGGCGUGCAACCGAGACGCGCUCUCUGGCUGGGGCGGCGUCGUCCACAUCUUGACCAAGGACGGUGUCACCACCAAGGUGCUCAAGACGCGCAAGGAUUAAUCGGAAACAGAGUCUUGGGGUCCGCGCAAGUCGGUUGCUCCUGCCACAACGCGCCGCUGCGACCUGGCGUCUUGCCGAACCCGUUCAUAAACUCUAUUUCUGACACACA